AAGUUUUUUAUCCAUCAAGUUGGCGUGCUCAUUUUUUGUUUAAAAAAGACAUUACAGAAAAAACAAAAUACACAUUAUAUUAAAAUGCCUGCCGAUUUUCCUGGAUUUAUAUAUGCAGGAGCUGUAGCUGCUGGUGGCAUUUUUGGAUAUUAUAGAGCAGGCUCUAUACCUUCUUUGGCAGCAGGUUUGUUGUUUGGAAGUGCCCUUGCUUACGGAGCGUACGAAGUAAGUAAAGAUUCAUCGAAUUAUUCUGUGCAACUGGCUACAAGUUCGAUUCUGGCUGGAAUUAUGGGUUAUCGUUUCUAUAACACCGGAAAAAUAAUGCCUGCCGGGGUUGUGUGUCUGUUAUCUGUAGCUAUGAUCGUAAGAAUUGCAGGUAAAGCUACGGGUUUAACAGGCCCUAGGCAGGCAUAAUUGCAUAAUUUUGUUGACUUGUUUAUGUGCACUCUUGUAGUUUAUUUAUCCAAGAAAAAUAAGUAGGUGGAUGUUAUUUUGGGUAGAGGUAAAAAGAUCGUUUGCUUUAACGAUUUCACUCGUUUUUAGUUUCAUUUUAUCAGUUCCGAAGUCGAAAAUUAUAUUUUUAAACUUUUAUUUGGCUUACUUGAAUGUGACGGGGCCAUUUAUUAAUAUUUUUGUGAAAUAGUUUAGGUUUUCAUAAAUUUUUAAUUGCACUGUUUCAGUUCGGUUUAUUUAUGUGUUAAGUGCCAAAAUAUAAAUGUAUCUACCUUUAAAUAUAUUACUUUUUUUUGAUAGCUGGUAGUAAAUAUCAUUGAUUAAUAUGGUACAUUUUUAUUAUAUUUAAUUUGAAGUUGCAUCUAUCUGUUCAGAAAUAUGUAAAAACUAGAGGUUAAACAUUUCCUUUCAAACAAGUCGUACAAUUAUAGCCUUCCUUCACGAUUCCAUCUCUUAAUAAGCUUUUCAGGAUUUAAUGUAGGUAUUUUUAUAAUUUAUUUUAUAUUGUUAAGCUGUAAAAUAUUUUAAUAAACUUGUUGCAUAAACAGAGAA